AUAACUCACAAUAUAUUAAAAGAGUUUGGUAUCGUAAAGAUAUAUUCAUAGAUAACUCACAAUAUAUUAAAAGAGUUUGGUAUCUUAAAGAUAUAUUCAUAGAUAACUCACAAUAUAUUAAAAGAGUUUGGUAUCUUAAAGAUAUAUUCAUAGAUAACUCACAAUAUAUUGAAAGACUAUAUUCGGAGAAUUUAACAAUGGAACCUAAACCACGGUUAAUUGCUCCAACUCCAAAUCAAGUGAACUCAUCAUCCACAACUUCAAUCGACCCAUCUCGAUUUAAUCGAACUUAUUUUUUUCCUCCACUACAAUCACGAGACACUGCUCAACCAAUCAUUAAUAAUUGGAUGAUGCCAAUCUUCUCUUUACAUGCCCCAACUCCUCAACAUCUUCAUCCUUCUGCUUCAUUAAAUAAUCCAAAUCAUAUACAUAAAUGUGAUUGGCCCGGUUGUACUUGGAGUUUUAAACGUUUAGAACAUUUAAAACGUCAUAUGAUCACUCAUACCGGCGAACGCAAAUAUACCUGUCAUUAUCCUGGUUGUGGUAAAAAAUUUGGCAGAUCUGAUAAUUUUGCCGCUCAUUAUAAAACUCAUACUAAAUCUAAUCAGAGGAGAUCAAGAAAAUCUACAAAGAUCUUGAAUAAUCCUACUGAUAUUUCGGCUUUGGAUAUUACCCUUCCUCAAGAUAAUUCUACUUUAACUAAUG